AUGCUCACGUCGAGAAUUGCCUCCAUGAGGGGCUGUGCCAGAUGCGCUCAUUGGGCUACCCGGCCCAGGAAUUCGCUCUGGCUUAGAGACCCUCGGCGCUGGCAGUCGAGUAUUAGCGUUCUGGAACGCCGAACGGCUCCUCCCGACCUCCCACCGACAGAAUCACGGCCACACCAACCUCGUCCAAAGCCCCGAUUUCCAAAAUACCUGCCAACGUCCCCAAAUGCCGUCCUUGCGCUCCGGGUGAAGGGGAGGUCAUCCGCUCUAUCAUGGCACCAUUGGAAUCUCUUCAGGUCGACCGCCGGGUCUCAAAGCCUUCGGCUGCCGGUAGUGACACUUCAGGCGCUCAUCAGGAAAGACGAGGAACAAAUACAGACCAGUUUGGGCGAGUGUCUCGGCGAUGAGCAGGCCUGGAGGGCUCAGCUAAGCAGCCUAUCUUUCAAGGGAGUGACCCAAGAUGACAUUCGCCACUGGUCGUGGAUACUGGGAGCAGAAGACGGCGAUGCUCGCAUUGCUCGAUUCGUGUCAACACCUACUCCGAAACCGAUAUUUCUUCUUUUCCAGCUACUCAGGAAAGACGAGACGCUCCGACAAGGACCGUCCAUUACCUCUGUUCUGAACUAUGUUGCACGGCAUCAUGUUCGAACCCAACAUUUAGAGGCCGACAUGCAGUUGCCCUUCGGGGCCGUCCGCCGUUCGUUGGACCCGAAGAUCAACAUGACUCCGCAUCAUUUCGUGAUGCUGUUGAGGCUUCUUGUGCACCAUUGCCUACGAGUCUGGCCCUCCGCAAUUACAUCCAUCGCGCGCUUGGCAUCGUCAUAUAUCGAGGCGAUCCCUGCGCAGGGUUCCAGGCGGAAGAGCAGCUACGCGCAGCGAUGUUUCGUUUUCAACCACGCACUGCAGCUAUUUCAGAACACAUCGCCAUCGAGCCCUGUCUCACAGAUGCGGUACAACUGGCGAGCUCAAAAAACGCUCCUCUCCAUGUCCAUCUCCUCGCAGAGGCCUCUCAUCAUUGACCGAGCAAGCUACAGGGCUAUGCGGAGAGUCAUGAUCGGGCUUAAAAAGUCUGCCGGUGAAGCGAAGGUUGCAUCAAGAUUAGCCAAGACUUGGCCGCCCUAUCGACAAGAGUGGGAUGGUCUGGAUGAGAGGAGACGACUCCAGGAUGACCUCAGUCGUAGCGUCAAGGCCGGUAUGCUCAUGCACGAGACUGGCUAUGCUGACGAGGAAUGUGACCGUGCUCUCGCCGUUCUUGGUGGUGCCGUCCUGGACGAUUCACCCACCAUCCAAACAAGAUCGCUGGCACCCAAGCAAUGGGCCGGAUCAUUGGCGGCUCUGAACAUGUUUUCCACUUGGGCGGCUCGAGUCAAGGCCACCCGCAAUGCUCAUGAGGCGUGGAAUUUGUUUCAAAAGCCACCCCAAGCCGGUGUCAAGCCAAACUUCCAAGUCUAUGCGGAGAUGUUUGCGAAGCUCUACGCGACUGGCAUAAGUCAAGCUUCCUCCUUGCUCCCUGGAGACUCGAAGGAACUCUUCCCCGUCUACGACCAGAGCCUCAGCGAUUUUGAGCGGGCGAGGUUGACCCCACCAUCAGUGAAAGAUUUAUACCAUCAAAUGCUGCGUGAAGGGACACGCCCUGUCGGCCAGUGCUUGGCCAUCCUCGUACAGAACGCUCGCUCGGUCCCAAAGGCCUUGCAGUAUUUUCACGAUAGUGGCCUCGAUAAGGAGACAAUAUCAGCACUCGAGGUGCUUCCCACCCAGUCGCCUCUAAAACCAUCUGCCGAUACACUGAGGCGAAUAUCUCUGCCUGAAUUCAACGCAUACAUAUCUUUGCUAUGCAGGAUACAACCCAGAGCCAAUCUCGGGACUGGGCGAGAGCAUCACGCUCAUUGGGUCGGCGCUGUGCACCAUGCAAUCAAGCUUUGCGGUGUUCGACUGUCGCCUAUGACCCGGGACGGGCGCAGGUACAAAGCCCCCUGGCACACAAUCCUGCGUACUCUGGCGCAGCGAAACGUCAUUGUCACCAAUUCAGAAGCCAGAAACCGAGAGAUUGAGGCGAUCGAAUCCUUGUCAUUGUUCAUGAAGGUAUUCACUCCGGUCAGAGACAUGAUGGGCCUCGACCCUUCUCUCUUCGACAGUCUUUGCCAGGUGACCCAAAGAGUCUUGGAAUUCGAUGAGCCCAGGGGCGCAGGGGCAGCCAGUCACGGGACGGAGCGUAACAAUGAGACAGGAGCCUCGCACGAAACCAAGGUUGAUUGGGUCCAAAAAGCGCACAGUGCCCUAACCCGGAGUUUCCGCCAACUCACCGAAUGCUCCUCUAGUGGCCGGCGAGGCCAAGUCGAACUGAAGUUUUCGACCCUUUCGCAUGAAUUGAACGCUGCACAUCUCCACAAGUACGUACGGGUCAUGGCAGGUCUUGGCGAUACUGCUGAGAUAGCACAUGUCAUGCGGUGGAUUCUGCAGUCUUGGGACGAUGACACUGUGCUAGAGGACGCCAAAGACCCCAGCCACAAACAGCAUGCGAUCAUGACAGAGAUCAUGACCUUCUUCCGGACCCUGAGUAAGGAUCACAUGGCUCCCCACAUUUCGGGGGAGAUCAAGAGCAGAUUGUUGCAGCUGCAGCAGGAGAGGGGGUGCACUUGGCUCUGGCCAAGUGAUGAGGAUGUGGAAGACUACAUGAGUCACAACUUCGAACCAGAUAGAUGCGAGGACAGAGACGAAGACGAGGAAGACGACGAGAAAUGUCUCUGA